AUGGCACCCAUCAUUCUCGAGAGGAUAAAAUGUAUUAUUCUUGAACAAUCGUCGGAGUACCAAUCGCCGCUUUACCUCAUGUUCUUCGAUUUUGAAAAGGGCUUUAAUCACGUUAGUCCUCAUGUUAUCUGGAGAUCGCUUGUUGCUAGAGGCAUUCUUGAUAAAAUUUUUGCUGUAACAAAAGAGUCUUACAACUACACAAGGUGUUUCCUUUUGCACAAUGGACAGCUUUCCGACGCAUUUGAGGUGCGACAGGGUGAUGUAUUGUUACCGAUUCUGUUCUUGCUUGCUAUUGAUGAUGUUAUGACUGCUGCGGUGGGUGAACACGAGAGACUGGGUAUCCAAUGGCGCCUAAAGGAAACAUUAAGCCAUGUGAACUAUGCUGAAGACAUAUGCUUAGUGGCCAACAGGUGGCUGGCUUAA